AUGCCAAGCCCCAAUCAGCUACCAGCUCUUAUUGCUGUCGCCUGCUUUUUCUGGCUUCUACAUAACUUGGAAGGACACCAGGUCAUAGAGCAACCAAAACUUUCCUUCUUUGGUGUGUUCUUCACCGCGGCUGUUGCUUCAUAUGCCGCUAGUUUUGGCACCCGUUGGUUUCCGGGAGCAAAUGGGAGGUUUAGCCACAAUGACCGGGAGCCCUUCAAGGGUGUCCGCGUUCGGGCUCGGGUGCUCAACAAGCCUCGAAAAUUCUCUCUUCCUGUUUUAAUUCUGUGUAUUGUCUUGAGGAUUGAGGUCUUUUACCGUGUAUCCCAGGAUCUCCAGUAUGACCAAGACGACGAUAACGACCCCGGGGCCACCAUGUGGGAUGCUAUCGGCAGCUGGCUUACGAGUUCUCAAGCUUCUCACCUCUUCCCCGUCAGUUUACUAGCACUUGGCGCCUACUGGUCAUUAACACAGGAGCCCAAAUCAACAUUCUUCUGUAGAGGUCAGGGAAGCAAGGUUGUCACCCUCCUCCAGUGGAUUGGAAUCCUUCUGGACGCUGUCAUCAUCACCACAGCAUGGCGCAUCAUUGCCUGGGCUCGCACUAUCAAGUCCAGGCUACAGACUGUGACUGCUAUCUUGCUUGGGGCUGCCAUACUGACCGGCCUGAUAUCCUGGACUUCUCCCUACGUUCAUACUAAGGCAGCCACAUACGACUUCAAGGGCCUGGGGUCGUUGUAUCUUUUUGACAUCAUUGUCGACGGGCUUGUCUUAUCCGCUUUUCUCAUCUCCACCACGCUUGUUGUCGAGGAAAGCACACCUCUGUCCCUUGUGGCCACCAUCACCUUUAUAACUGGAUUAUCAGCCGUCAUUCAGCAGAUAUUACGGACAGGAACGUGGGAAGCUAUUUCCCCCUUUACCACAUGGUUAGCAUUUAAUCUUGUCUGCGUGGGCUUUUCCAGCUUCCUUUUCACAUAUGGCAUACGAUCUGUCCUCUUUAUUCCCCGUCUUCUGCUCGUAUUUGCUCUUAUCUCGCUCACUAUCUCAGCGACGAUUUACAUUCCGCUCUCAUAUGAGCUGGAGGAGGCCCAUCCUCUGCGGGACAUCAUCUUUGACUCUAGAAAAGCAUCCGAUCGCUUUCGGAUAAAUGCUGCCAUGAGCGACUCACUUCGAGUCGCUAUAGAGGUGUACAAGGAACGCAAUCACGGAAGAGACCCGCCGAAAGGCUUCGAUCUGUGGUUCAACUACGCCAACAAGCAUCGUUCAGCCAUCAUCGACCACUUUCCUCAGAUCGAAAAUGACAUACUUCCUUUUUGGGGCAUGUCCCCUUCCGAGAUUCGAGAGGGUGUCCGCCGUGCUGCCCAAGAACCAGACAUUGCCAUUCUCCAGAUCAAGAAUGGUCAACCACAGCACAACCUUCCUUCGGCAAACCCCUACAAAGCGGUGAUGGACGACCUAGUCGAAGCGAUAAAGGCUUUCGCAGAGCACCUUCCUGACAUGGAGUUAGCCGUCAAUAUGGACGAACGACCACGAGUUCUGGUUCCGUGGGAAGAGGUCAAUCGACGAAUAAAAGCAGCAAAACGAGGCUGGCUGCAUCGUUUAUUGCCAAGAGAUGUCGACGUUCUUGGGGAAAUGACCAAACCUCAACCUUCUUUGCUCGGGGAUCCUCAAGCGAAUGGUAAUUUUACUUCAGCAAAAGCCCUUCGCGAAAUGACUGCUCUCGCAUGCCCACCUGGAACUGCGGCUCGCGCAGGAACUUACUGGGACACCCGCGAUCUUUGUAUCGAAUGCACUAGGCCCCAAUCAGUUUAUCAUUUCCUCCUCGAUUGGGAUAUUGCUCAAGAUAUCUGCCAUCAGCCCGAUCUUUUCCGGCUCCAUAGCUUCUACAUGACGCCUCCUGAGCUCAAGCCUUUGCAACAGCUCCUUCCUGUAUUCAGUCGAGCCAAGACCAAUAGUUACAGCGACAUUCUGCUGCCCCUACGGCGCAUCAGCGAGAAUUCUAACCUCCCUUCAGACGGAUUCAACAUGAAAUGGAAAGGACUUGCAUGGCGUGGCAAGGUGAACCGUCAUGAGUCUAGUCGGGACCAUCUCCAUGGCGGUCACCAAGAGCGGCUGGUGCACAUUUUCACUGGGGCCAGCAAAUCCGACCGCACAAGAAUAAUGUUGCCGGUCGAUGACAAACGGUACGGCUUCGAAGAUAUGCCCACAACCGAGGUCAACUCCUUUCUCCCGACGGAUGUUGGUUUCGUCGAGUACAAGGCAUGCAACUCGAAGGACAAAGGUGGAUGCGAGGUUACCCCUGAAAGCGAGCCACAAAGCAAGCCAGACCUGGAAGUUCUGCGGUACCAGUAUGUUAUGGUCAUGGAUACAGACAAUGGUCCCCCGCGCGACUUUCUGCGAGUACUCAGGUCCAGCAGUGCGCCAUUCGUUGCGUCUAUCUUCAAAGAAUGGUACAGCGACAGGCUGAUGCCAUGGGUGCACUUUGUGCCCAUCGAUCUACGGUUCCAUGCACUGCACAGCACACUGGCAUACUUUACUGGGUUGCAGAGCCUAGACGUGAACGGGAGAAAGGUUCUGAUGGAGGGUCGGCCAGGAGACGGCAAGUGGAUUGCUGAAGAAGGACGGCGCUGGGCAAGCAGAGCCAUCAGAAAAGAGGAUGAACAAAUCUAUUUGUUUCGGCUACUGCUGGAAUGGGGGAGGGUGACUAAUGACAACAGGGAUGAACUUGGUUAUGCUCUAGGACCCUGA